CUCUACCCGCAAGGCAUUCGUUUAAAUGCUUCUACAACUCGGACUUCCCCAACUCCUCUCCCCUCCCCCGUAGCAAGCCACGAACACGGACACACAGGCGCCCAAGGCCAACGCCAAGCUCUCCUCGCGUUUCAUCGGGCCAAGGCCGACGACAUGCCUGCCGCUCCACCACCUCCCGUGGUUGCGGUGAUGGACGAGGACGACCUGGAUUGGGAUGCCCGGGAUUGGGAUAACCUAGAGGAGGAUUUGGUGAAGAAGAAGAAGGUACCCGCGCCUGAUUCAGUCGAGUGGGGAGACGACGACGAGGGCUUCGUGAACAAGUAUCAUGCGCCCGCUGGUACCACGACAGACGACUGGGGAGUCCACAAGGCACCGACGGGCGAUGCUGAUGGUGACGACGCUGGGAGCUGCUCUGAAGACGACAUGGAGGCGGGUGGCCGGCAGCCUCGGCAGCCGGUUAUCACACCGUGCUACGGCGGCCGCUUCAUCACCUUCACUUUACUCUUCGCCACCUUCAGGCUAACUGCCAAGUACACGAACCCAAUUACCUACAUUGGGUCUGGGGCCUACGGCACCGUCUGUUCUGCAUUCGAUGCCGAUAACAGCAAGCAGGUGGCGGUCAAGAAGAUCACUGACCCGUUCGCAGAUGUCGCUAGUGCAAAGCUUGUGCUACGGGAGGUGAUGUUGCUGUCGCAAUUGAAGCACAACAACAUUGUUCUCCUUGUGGAUGUUGUACCUCCUCCAAGCCUUGAUUUAAUGACUGAUGUCUAUUUGACAACUGAGCUGCUUCACACGGACCUGCACAAACUCCUCUAUGAACAAAAGGCUUUCUCUGAGGUUCACAUCCAGACCUAUAUCUACCAGAUUUUGUGUGGAUUGAAGUACUUGCACUCAGCAAAUGUUGUCCAUCGUGACUUAAAACCCAGUAACCUCCUGUUAACUGACGAUGGUACUCUAAAAAUAUGUGACUUUGGUCAAGCGCGAAUUCGUCGCAAACGUAUGAGCAAUCGUGUUGGAACACUGAAUUACAAAGCUCCUGAGAUAUUGCUUCAUUCCUCCCGAUACACCUCUGCUGUUGAUAUUUGGUCUGUUGGGUGCAUUUUUGCCGAGCUAUUGCUUGGAAGUCCUUUGUUCCCAGGUAUAGACGGGCAUGACCAGCUAAGAAGAAUACUGGAGUUCACUGGUAAACCAGCUCCUCAUCAGGAUCUGAGGUACCUUGACAGGGUUGCGCAAGUGGAAGUGAAAAUGUGGACCCCUCGCCAAAGGCGCUCACUUGCCGACAUGCUUCCUAAGGCUGAUAUUUCUGCAGUUGAACUUGCCGAGAAGAUGCUACUGUUUGACCCCAAUGAAAGAAUCACUGUUGAAGACGCAAUUGCGCACCCAUACCUUCAACACCUGCGUGAUCCAACCAAAGAGGGUGUCUUCCCUCCUCUGGUGUGUGAUGACCAUGAGAAAGAAAAUAUGUCAAUUGAUGAGAUGAAGGAACUUAUCUAUGGCAUAUCUUUAACAUUCAACCCGGAUUACAGGGGCUUGCCGACCACAAGGAUGCCCUUGGAGCUCCCCUCUCCCCUUGCAGGCAUUACAGCGACAAAGCCGCUGAGGCAGCGCAAGGGUUCUUGCCCCUGGGUUCCCGAUAGAGAAAGGCAAUGGCAGCGGCAGAAACUUGAGGAUUAAUGAGGCCGGAUAGUCUUCAGAUGAAGAUCAUUGAAGCUGUGAGCAGUGGCAAACUCUAUGAAGAUCACUGAAAACUGGAGUUUCUUCUGAUGUUGAACAGUAUUUUGCUGUCGUCUGAAGCUUUCAAGUUGGAGCAGAACUUGGCAAUGAACGAAGUGAAGAAUUCCUGACUUAAUCAGGCCAUGCUUUGUAUAUAAACCAAAUAAUCAGUGUGUAGUUUGUGCCUCUUUCAUGCUGUAAGUUUGGCAGUUCGUCUUAGUUCCUAAAUUUCUUUUGUUUUCCAGUUCUUUUGCUUUCUUCUCAUGUUAUUGUGUCGGCAUGAACAGUUGUUCCCGUUGGAUUUUCGUGUGAAAAAAAACCUAGUCAAUAUUUGAAUGUGAAGUCCGAGUUUCUACUUAA